AAUUCAAAUUUCAAAAAACAUAAAAGAAAAAAAAAGAGAGGGAAGCACGUGCCAAUCGAUAACCCAAACUCCCCUGUCCAAAACCCUCGAAAUUUCGAUUCAAAAUUCGCCACCGGAGGAGGAAGAUCGAUCGGAAAUCCCCUUCUUAAGAGAGAAGGGAAGAAGAAGGAGAAGAUCGAGAAAUCAGAGAGAAAUGGAGAAGUACGAGAAGCUGGAGAAGGUCGGCGAAGGAACAUACGGGAAGGUGUACAAGGCGAAGGACAAGGCGACGGGACAGCUGGUGGCUCUGAAGAAGACGCGGCUGGAGAUGGACGAAGAAGGCAUCCCGCCCACCGCUCUCCGGGAGGUUUCCCUUCUUCAGAUGCUCUCCCACUCCCUCUAUGUUGUCCGCCUCCUCUGCGUCGAGCAUGUCGACAAGAACGGCAAGCCUCUCCUUUACCUAGUUUUCGAGUAUCUCGACACCGAUCUCAAGAAGUACAUCGAUUCCCAUCGCAAAGGCCCCAAUCCCAGGCCCCUUCCUCCUUCCCUCAUCCAGAGCUUCCUCUAUCAGUUGUGCAAGGGUGUCGCCCACUGCCACAGCCAUGGUGUUCUUCAUAGAGAUCUUAAGCCUCAGAACCUUUUGGUUGACAAGGAGAAGGGAAUACUCAAGAUUGCCGAUCUUGGCCUUGGUAGGGCAUUCACAGUGCCCCUCAAGAGCUACACUCACGAGAUUGUGACUUUAUGGUACAGAGCCCCAGAAGUGCUCUUGGGAUCCACUCAUUACUCAACUGCUGUUGAUAUGUGGUCUGUUGGUUGUAUUUUCGCUGAAAUGGCAAGGAGACAAGCAUUGUUCCCUGGGGAUUCUGAAUUUCAGCAACUGCUUCACAUAUUCAGGAUGCUAGGAACACCAACAGAGAAGCAAUGGCCUGGAGUGAGCUCUCUUAAGGAUUGGCACGUCUACCCACAGUGGGAACCUCAAGUCUUGGCUCGUGCCGUUCCAGCUUUGUGCCCGGAUGGUGUUGAUCUUCUAUCGAAAAUGCUGAAAUAUGAUCCAGCUGAUCGCAUUUCAGCGAAGGCUGCUCUUGAUCAUCCCUACUUUGACAGCUUGGACAAGUCGCAGUUCUGAAGCUCCCCAUUCUGUGUGUAACCAAAAGGAUGUCAUCAUCUUGGUGAAUACAAUCUUCUUUCAUUUGACCUUUCCUGUUUGGUUUGUAUAAGUGUAGCAAGUGUUUCCAUUUCCGAAGUAAGCCAUACUAUUGAUCUGCCUUGACGCUUUAUUUUGAAUGUAUUCCUAAUAUUACCUUCUCCAAAAUUUCAAUGUCAACUCGUUUCACAUGAUGUGAUCAAUGCGUGUUUCAUGAUGAUUGCUCUUAUAUAGGCUCUAUAAUAUUAUCAAAACUAUAAUUAUAACUCUUCGUUGACUUAUAAGUGAAUGAGAUUUUGUUUUUUCUCAAGAUCUCGAUGCCUUGAAAGAAGAGAUCCCUGAACGUGAUGUGGUGAAUGCUGUUAUUCGUGGUCUUCCCACCGAAUACUCAUCCUUUAAGCAAAACAUUCGCAUGAACAAUACCAAUAUUUCGUUAAAUCAGCUUUCUGGAUGGCUGAUCUCCGAAGAAAUAAACCUGGAGAUGGAGAAUAAACUCAGCCUCACCGAGUCUACCAUCACCGAACCUCGCACAGCACUUCUCGCUAC